AUGGAUGGCGCCGGGAGCAGCAGUAGCAGUGGCUUGCGAGUUGGCAAACUGCUACCCAAAGGAUUAUCAGCAAAGAGGCGUCGCAGAAAGGAAAAGAAUGGAGGAGGUUCGGAGGCAUCGGGACAAGACGACGACACACGCAGCACAAGUGCAAACAGCAGUCAGAGGCGUCUCAAGCGUGAAGUAACACAAGGGAGCGAUGACACCAACUCCAUCAACAUGGCCGACGACGACGACAUUGACGACCGGAGCUUUGGGUCUUUCGAGUCGGGCGCAGAUCCGGACACUGCAGAACGUGGAAGACCCGCCUCGACCUCUGCUCCAGCUCGACCCGCUACAAUAUCCGCCCAUCCGUCCCUGAUCGGUUAUUUGACAACGUCAUCUCCUGUUGUCCAAGCUCAACACCUUGACUCGCAAUCUCACUUUCAACCCUCCCCUCCGACCCGUGGCUAUUCCAGCGGCAGCAGCGACAAGUCUCCGUCGCCCAAAAAGCCGUCAAAACAAAAGGGCAUUCCCAGCUUCAAGAAUUCGUUCCCUGAGCCGCCUGCGCCAGCCAAAAUUGCUUCCCCCGACCGCAAAAGCAGGGUGGUGACGCCCAAAAUUGAGACAAACCCUCCCCGCACACCCCCUAAAGACGAUAUCCCGGCUCCUGUCAUUGUGAACACUCCCCCGACCCCAACAGACCGAAGCGACUAUCCCCCGUUCGAGGGACCUGGGGGUGGCAAGUCGCCGACGAAUGGGGCAGGUUCUAGAACGAGAACUGAUGGAAGUCCCAUUGCGUUGAACAUGAACAUCCAUAGGAGAAGCAAAUCCGGUUCUGCAGCAAUUGGUCCGAGCAAGCUCUCUCAUAGUACCGUGGCCCCAUUGACCCCGACCGACGAGACGGGCGGAGAGACCACUCCGAGCGCGACUAGCUUCUUCUCGUCUAUGAUAUCUGCGGCUCAAAACGCUGCCACGUCGAUCAGCAACACAAUUCCGAACGCGGGACUUGGCAUUGGAGGGAACAAGAGCAGAACGAGCAUCCCGAAGUCUCUGAGCUCUCCCGCUGCUAGCCAAACAACGCUAGACUCGCAACCUGCACCCGAGCCGGAGCCGCGAAUCGAAGAUACGAUGGACCGGAAGGAGUCUGCUGUUCGAACCCUGGGUUCGGGAGACCUGAGCCUGAGCCAACUUGGCCUGCCUGAACCAGCAGCUGCAACCCCGGCGAGCGCCAGAUUCCCCGAUGUUGCAGACACAAGGACGAGGUCAGAGUCUGCCCCGGCCGAACCUCAACCAUCGGCUAUGGAUACAUUCCCUGGGGAAUCGUCGAGCCGGCCGCGGUCCUUGGUCGAACCGGCCAGCGGGGAGCAGACUCCGCCGCAGAUGGAGUUUGCGGACAUCAAGGGGCCAGUUCAGAGGUCAUCGAGUUUGAGAAGUGCUAUGAAGCCUCACAGAAAGAGGGGAAGCUCCGUGACGACGGGGGGUACUAUAGCGGCCGCGAUAUCAUCCGCCAAUAAUGCCGCGCUUCCCACGGGCGGCACUCUAGGGGCACCGAAGUUGACUGGGUUUGCGAUUGCUAGCAAGAAGCGGAAUCGUGAUUUCCAUACCCUUUUCAAGAGUGUGCCUGAUGACGACUACCUAAUAGAAGAUUAUAGUUGCGCCCUCCAACGUGAAAUCCUAGCGCAUGGUCGAUUAUACGUUUCCGAGGGUCAUCUUUGCUUCAGCAGCAAUAUUCUGGGCUGGACAACAACGCUAGUGAUGAGUUUUGACGAAAUAGUAUCUGUGGAGAAGCGAAGCACUGCUCUGGUGUUCAAAAACGGCCUAAUGAUUUCGACCCUUCACGCCAAACAUAUUUUCGCCAGCUUUACAAGCAGAGAUGCCACAUAUGACCUUAUUGUAAACAUUUGGAAGCUAGGCCACCCGACCCUGCGGAGCACGCUGAAUGGUGUGCAGUUGGAAGGUACUGGUGGCGACAAAACAGAAAAGGUGGAAGCUCAACAGGACGCCGCUGACGAGGAAGAACCACAAGAAGCAUCCGGAUCAGAUGUGGAAACGGAUGAGGAUGAGGACGAUGACGAUGAUGAAGAGUUCUACGACGAAGGCGAACACGAUGAGCUGCUCGAAACUCAAUCAACAGAUAUGACGGCUGUAGAACCAGAGCCGGAGAAGCCAGCCACACGCAAGGUAUCUGGAAUGGCAGUUGUAAAUGGCACGACAACUGAACCUCCCAAGGAUCCAUCUCCGACGUCUGGGGGUGUUAUCGACUUUCCUGGCCCGACUGCACAUGCCGCCACGGAUUGUGGUGACUCGGCAACUCACUACGAUAAAGUUCUCGGGGACGAAAUCAUCCCAGCACCUCUUGGAAAGGUGUACAAUCUCGUGUUUGGUCCUGGGUCUGUUGCUUGGAUGGGCAAAUGGCUGUCAACGGAUCAAAAAUGCACCGACAUCCAGAUGGAGGAUAAGACGGGAUUGACUGCUGACAAUAAGAGCCGAACGUUUACGUAUAUCAAGCCGCUUAAUGGGUCUAUUGGUCCGAAGCAGACGAAAUGUGUUGUGACGGAAACCAUUGAUCAGAUCGACUUAGCAAAGGCCGUCAAUCUCAGCGUAUCCACCCAGAACCCGGAUGUACCCUACGGUAACCUGUUUACUGUCAAGACUAAAUACUGCUUGUCAUGGGCUGAGAAUAAUGCCACACGAGUUCAAAUCAACUGCACAGUUGAGUGGUCUGGCAAGUGUUGGCUGAAAGGCACCAUCGAGAAGAACGUCAAUGAUGGACAAGGACAGUACUGCAAGGAGUUGUUCGUAUCGCUCAAAAAUGCAGUUUCAUCCAGAGUUCGAGCUGGGACAGUCACCAACGGCGUCACAAAGGGCAAGAAGAAGCUCAAGAGAAGCAAGGCUCUCCAGGCCGUGGCGGAUGCAGAAGCUGGCAAGGGAGGCAAGUCGGAUGGCAAGAAGCAAAAUUGGGGACCACUGGAACCCGUGCGAAGUCUUCUCGAGCCGUGUGUGGAUGUGCUUCAGCCGAUACUUACAGGCAAUGUCAUGUAUGGUUUGCUCGUGGGUCUGCUCGUUGCCAUGUGGUUCGGGUUCGGGUCUCCGCCGAAGAACAACGCGUCAUUCGGACCGGAAGUUGGAUUUUACAGCCAUAACCGACAAGCUGCCUACGAGGAGAUGUGGCGGCGGCAGGAUUCCGAGCUGUGGGAGUGGUUGGAGGAGCGCGUCGGUAUGGACCGGCUUAGCUCAGAUCAGCCGAGCGGCGCACGAAAACGAGCGAUUGAGCACCGGACAGUGGAGGAUAAGCUGAGAGAUGAGCGAAUGGAGGAACGAGAGAUUCAAGAAGCCAUUCGUGUGACGGAAGAAAAGUUACGAGUGUUGAGAGAAGUUGUUGAAAAGGGGAGUUCAAACUAA